AACCAUCUGAAUGUUCCACCACCGCAGCAGAUCAGUUCCGGCGCUGCAUACUACCAAGGGUACAAGAGCGCUGUUGAUCUCUUCAAGUCGUCGCUUGACACUACUGUAAAUCCCUGCGACGACUUUUACAAAUACACAUGUGGCAAUGCUGGACUGGAAAUGAGUUUCGACACCUCAGAUGAUGAAAAUAUCAAUAAUAUGGUAACACAGCUGACGAACCUCACCUAUGUGAACGCCGGGCCAGAUCCAGUAAAGCAAGUAGCGUAUUACUUCAAACAAUGUGUUGCGGCCAGAAUGGAUUGGAACAACGUGGUGAAGGACGGAAAGAUGGUGAAAGACGCCAUAGAUCAAAUGGCGGAAGGGGAGUAUCCGUAUCAGAACGUGACGCAGUUUCCAUUUUAUAUGUUCAAUCAGACGGCGACUGUGAAAGGCUAUCCUGACUUCAUUGGACUGGGAUAUCUGCUAGGUUAUCCAGCGGGAACGAAUGGAGCACCGAAUUUGGUUACACCCCUAGUGGAUUCCAACUGGAAAGAUCCUCAUGGAGUAGAUGGCUAUGCGUAUUACAUCGAUCAACCGACGACGCUACUACCAUACACAUACCACGUCAAGGCGUGGAGCACUUACCAGAACGAGUUACUGCAUGGCAUAAUUGACACAAUGAAUGCGUUCGCCGCAACACAAGGAGUUACUCUCGACCAGAGGCAACUACAGAAUGAUGCUGCUCAAAUCUCUUCCGAUUUCAGUACCGAUGACACUACUCGUAGACAGUUUGAUCGCAGCUACAAUCCAAUGACCGCUCGUCAGCUGAUGAGCACUUAUCCCCAAAUUAGCUGGCACACGUUUCUAGGAGAAGCCGUUGGACCCGCCCUACACAUCAUGCAGCGAACAUCAGUGAUCCGACAUACAAGUAUAUUGUAA